UAGGCGAUGUUAAUUCCAUAGUUUGCACGGAAGCUUGUGAAACUGUACAUCAAUGGAAGACCCCACUUCUCAUCAUACUUUCAGACCAAACCUAACUACCUUCAUUGCAGAAUGACUCUCACUCUCACUCCGAAAACCCUAGAUUUUCAAUGUCUCCCAUCUUCAAGCAAAUCCUCAUCUUAGCUUUCCUCCCCAGCUCCCUGCUCUACCUCUUGUUCCUCCUCCCUCCCCGCCCCCACCACGCCCACCUCCGUCUCCCGCCCGCCGCCCCUCUGCUCCACCCCUCCCCGCCGCCUCCCAGAAUCGCCUACUUCGUCUCCGGCACCGUCAAUGACGGCCCCAGGAUCUUCAGGCUGCUCCAGGCCGCCUAUCACCCCAGGAACUACUACUUGCUCCACCUUGAUCUGGCGGCGCCCGGGGCACAGAGGGAGGAGCUCGCGCGGAUGGUGGAUUCCGUGGAGGUGUUCGUCGCCGCCGACAAUGUUAAGGUUGUUGGGAAGGCGGAUGCGGUGAAUGGCGAGGGGUCGUCGCCUCUGGCUCUCGUGCUCCAUGGCGCUGCUGUUCUGUUGCGGUGGAGAGAUGAUUGGGAUUGGUUUGUUAACCUGGAUGCCUCGGAUUAUCCCCUCAUUCCCCAAGAUGAUUUUCUCCACGUCAUGUCUUUUGUUCCAAGGAGCUACAACUUCAUGGGGUAUAGUAUAAACAUCAGCUCAACGGAUUCAGAAAGCAUUGUGGAUAUUAUUGUCGAUCCUCGCCUCUACCUUUUUACAAAGGGGAAAAUGUUUAUGGGCAACAAAAAGCGCGCAAUGCCAGAUGCUUUUAAAAUUUUUAUGGGUUCUCCGAAUGUCAUUCUCAGCCGAAAGUUUGUUGAAUACGCAAUCCAAGGAUGGGAAAAUUUGCCAAGAACGCUCCUCUUAUACUUCUCAAACACUAGGUCUCCUCAUAAAGGCUAUUUUCAAACCCUUGCUUGCAAUUCGGAAUUUUCUAGUACGAUCAUCAACUCAAGCAUGCGCUGUACUGGUCGCGACCAAACCUAUGAAAUAGACCAUUCAUACUCCAUAGUUUUAGAUUUUAACGCAAUACAUGGAGCGGCUGCUUUCAUUGAAAACGUUUCUGGGGACGCUCAGCUAUUAGACUUGAUUGAUUCGCAAAUACUUCAACGUGGCCGGGGGUCCGUCACACCUGGAGGGUGGUGCGUAGGUUGGUCAGAUUGGGGCGGCGAUCCCUGCCUUCAGUGGGGCGAUCCUCUUGUUCUCAGACCUGGGCCCGCCGCAGAAAGAUUCGAGAAACUUCUCUUGAAUCAAAUCAGGAAUACAACGGCCAGGUCAGAUAGAUGUGGUCUUGUUUGAAUCUUUGAUCUCCAAUUGCCCCCUUCUCUUCUUCCAUUUUCUUUUUAGUUAUCCAUUGGGUUAUCAGAGGAUCUUAUCAUCUUGUGAAAUGUGAAUAACACACAAGUAGCAUGAAAAUUACCAUGGGAAUUGUAGAUAAGUUAUAGCAUAGUAGUAGUACAUUUUAACAGUUGCAUAUCUGUUCCACCAAACUGAACAGUGGGAUUCUUAAUUAUUGAUUGUUCUGCUGCACUUUUCAGUAUGCAUUGAGUUGAAAAAGAGGAGACUAGAUUAUACUGAUAUUUAACUUUGUA